AUGGCGUUUCUAACCGGAGCGAUUCUGAUAAUGGAUUACGUGUUUUCCAAUGCGGCAGUUGCGAGAAGCUUCACGACGUAUCUCGGAACCGCCAUUGGCGUUUCUGCGGAAUCCAAAUGGAGGAUAACCACGAGAGAAAGCUCAGUACUGAACAUGAUUUUAACCGCACUACACAUUAUCUUCAUAAUGUUUGUGAUCAUAAUGGGGUUUUGGAGAGGUGACUCUAAGAACUUCACCGAACCAUCCGACCCGACCCGUCCGAGUGGGUUCUUCCCAUUUGGAGCAUCGGGGAUGUUUAACGGUGCUGCUUUGGUUUACCUUAGUUACAUUGGAUACGACGCGGUUUCGACGCUGGCAGAGGAGGUUAAAAAUCCGGUUACCGAUAUUCCCAUCGGAGUUACCGCGUUUGUUAUUCUUGUAACCGUUCUUUACUGUUUGAUGGCCACUUCAAUGUCCAUGCUUCUACCGUAUGAUCUGAUCUGUUGUCUUGGUAGAGACGCUAUUGAUACUAUUUCACGUGUUAAUAGCAUAUUAAACGCUCCAGAAGAGCAUUGA